AUGGGUGAUAAAAAGGUCACUGCUGUUGCUGGAAUUGGACCUGCCUAUGGUGCUAAACUUUCUCAGGGUGGAACCGAUAAGGCUUAUAACUUGUUAGGACAGUUCUUGGUGCACAACAAGGACGAAAGGUCGUUUACAGAUCGCUCAAGGUGA